UGAAUUCCAUUGCCCCACUAAAAGUCAAUAUCGGUUUUGACAGUUUUGGCUCUUGCCUGUCAAAUCUAGUUCAAUGAAUCCGUUUUUCAAUGCAUUUAAAAAUCAACGUUACCUUUAGAUAUCUUCGAUGAGUUUCGUGCAUGUAACGAAACUUUCGUUCUUAGUCCACCUCGUCUAUCAUGGACAAUCGAGGUUUAGUUGGUAAUCACACCAAACUACAUAACUCUUCAACCGACUUUGAUUCUGUACACUCUAACGACGUGAUCAAAUUGAUGGCCAUCAGUGGAUACAAUAUAAAUGAAACUGCAUCAGGCUCUGAAAGUCCGAAAGAGUGUUAUGGAGAUUCACAGCACCACAGUUUUGUUAAAGUCAUUCCUGUGGAGUACACAAAGCAAAAGUUCCCAAGCAGUGCUUACAACACCCAGAAUAUUUCAAGCCAAGAAGACAUAAGGAACUAUCCUAUUUUGUUGAAUGAGAAAGAUCAGUCAGAAAUGUCUAGUAUUGCCUCUGUAUCAACUCUAUCAAGUCAUGUCAUGAAUCGUGCAAUGUCUGCAACUGGUGCGGCUAUGUCAGAUAAACUCUCUCCUCCCCGGAUUCCUAACGGUCAAUUGUGUGUUUUCCUGAGCAAUGGAACCUGUGUCUGUGUUGAUGUUGAACAUGGUGUCAACACCAACUCUGCAACAAUUUUGAAAACAUUGAUAGAGACUGAAGAAUUAAGGUUACCUCCAUUCGCUAUGAAUGUAUUUGCUUUGUGGAUGAUAUCACCAGAAUUAGAAGUGCAGCUGAAACCCCAUCACAAACCCAUCAAGAUUUACGCCGAAUGGGCGCAGCUAGUCAAGAAAUUUACCAAAUACGACGGAAAUUCAACGUUACCUGAGCCCACUCUGCAUUUAAGGCGGAACGCGUUCUACCACAGAAGUGAUGAAAUGCGACUACGAGACUCUGGGAUAAUUGAAUUGCUCUACUGCGAGGCUAAACACCAUGUUCUAGUCGGGCGUUAUCCUUGUGACCUCCCCGAAACCUUUCUCCUUGGUAGCCUUGUGGCCAGAAUCAAUUUGGGCAAUUUUAUUCCCCAACAACACACACCAAUGUUCUUCAGGAGCCGAUUGCGAGAUUACCUUCCAUCCUACGCGUGUGUCAAGUCAACCCCAUGGUCUCUAGUUUGGCCGCUGUCCAAAUUGCAGCGACCAGACAAAACUGCACCUGAAUCUUUGAUAGUCGAGCAGCUCAAAAAACUUCCUAACAACAUUCCCAGUCAGAGAUUGAUGCUGAAUUAUUUGAAACGCUGUUGGGCAAGACCCUAUUACGGGGCUGCGUUUUUCUGCGGUCAAAUCGAAGAACGGCGCACCUCUCGAAUGUCGUCAUGGUUCACCUCGGGUGACCUCGAAAUCCAGGUGGCCGUCAGCUCGGUGGGAGUGUAUUUGAUUGAACCGCACGAAGGGACUGUCCUACUCGGUUUAAAGUAUGGCGAAUUCAUUUGGGAUUGCGCAUUGCCGUAUCGCCUGGACGAUCCAGAUUGCUUUCCCUGCAUUUUUCUCCAGUUUGCCUCUCCGCCGUCCAGCCCUCGCGAUGGCAAUGACACUUGCGUCAUUCAGAUAUUUUCGAAGCAGGCCGUCAUGGUGAACGCUUUGAUAGCCUACUACACCAACAGGCAGAGGAGGAAUUCGACCGCGGCUGCCAACGCUUCCAGCGACGAAAUUGAUGGAGGUAUCCAUGGAGAACAGGAUCUAGACGAUGUUAUGGCCCCGCUAACCAACCCGGCGCAAACCGGGUUACUUGACUCGUGUCUGACCAACAAGCUUCAUCGGCUCUCGUUGGCAACUUUUGAUGACGAAGGACGCUGCCUUAUAUCGACGGGGUCCUUGGCGGUAAUCAGGUAAUCUGUCAACAGCUCUCGUUUCAUCGACGGUGAUGGUGGCCCGAGCAUUUUGAUGUUCAAUUUUUAUUUGGCUCGAUUCUCCACUCGUUAUUCUCCCCCCACCCAGUUAUAAUCCCAUCACACAUGGAAGAAAAAACCCAACACAUUUUGAACGUCGAUAAGCCUGGAUUUUCCCUAUUGGUUUAUUCGGUUCUGAUCUCUUUUCAGUAAACACACACACACACACAGACGUAUAUAGAUAUUUUCCAAAGAAGAACAAGAAUAAUAUGUACAGCACGAUGCAUUGAAACUCCCCACUAUUCCGUCUCGCCACACUAAAGAAUUGGAAAUAUUCCCGUUUUUAAUUGAUCGAUUCAUUUGAUUUUGAAAGUCCGUUUUAUAAUUUCUCUGUCGACCCGCGCUGUUAAAGGAUGUCCUGUAAACUUUGAAUAUUUUCAAUUAGAUGUGCUAUGGUAUGCAUUAUUAUUAUUAAUAUUAUUAUUACCCAAUAUAAUUCUAUUUAUGACGUGUGUGACCAACAUCACCAGGAACGUAUUGAUCUCAACUAUGAUGAAACAGUAAAAACCCUCCCCUGCCCCAAUUUUAACACAGGGAUACUAAGACAAGGAUAAGAAGAAGAAACAAAAGUUCUAAAAGGAAAACAAAAAAGCAAAUUGAAAAAGGAUGGAUGACAUUCAUUUUUUUGUAGAUGAUAUGACACUUAGUCUGUGCUUAUUCAUUUUUACUUAUCAUGGUCAUAAAUACACGACACUUCAA